UCGUUGUCCCCGCCCACUCCCUACUCCAUUCCGACGCUUCCACACACCAAACCCCUCCCGAGCCCACGACCACCACCCAUUCGAUGGGCCACGGCGCCUCUCGCUCCGGCGACUCCGGCGACUCCGGCGGCGGAGCGCCACCGCCGCCACCCUCCCGCCUUUCCGGCCUCCGCCGCCGCCUCCGCCUCCGCCGCCACCGCUCCGGCCACGACGCGGCGGCCGCGGCGCCGCCACAACUCAAGGGCAUCGACGCCGAGGACUUCGCCGGGAUCGCCCGGAUCGAGAUCGUCGGGGCGGAGAUGGGGUUUAAGGAUCGGUGGUUCGCGUGCUUGUCGAUCGGGGAGCGGACGUACCGGACGGCGACGUCGGAUCAUACUGAGAAGCCUAUGUGGAAAUCAGAAAAGAAAGUUGUGCUGGAAACAAAUGGACCUCACAUUGCACGCAUUUCCAUAUUUGAGACAAACAGAUUUUCUAGGAGCAACCUAGUUGGAUAUUGUGAGAUUGAUCUCUUUGAAAUACUUAGCCCGGACUCAGAAAACAACCUUGAGGAACUUGAUUUGUUUGAUCCGUCAUCAUCCAGCACGAUAGUGGGCAAAAUAUCUAUUAUUUGUUAUGUUGAGGACCCAAUUGAAACACAAAAAAGCUUCGCACGUCGUGUAUUAGCCAUAGCGGACUUCAAUGAAGAUGGCCAGCUAUCUCAGUCUGAAUUUACGGACUUGAUGACUGCCUUUGGUAAUCAACUAGCCGUAAACAAGGCGGAAGAACUCUUUAAGCGAGCUGACAAGAAUGGCGAUGGCAUAGUUGAUAUGGAUGAGUUAGCUAUUCUUCUAGCUGAUCAACAAGAAAAAGAAUCACUUAUUAGCAACUGUCCUGUCUGCGGUGAGAUUCUUGGGAAGUAUGAUAAGAUGAAUGAUAUGAUUCAUAUGACACUAUGUUUCGACGAGGGAACUGGAAAUCAGGUUAUGACCGGAGGGUUUCUAACAGAAAAGCAGGCUUCGUAUGGGUGGAUGUUUAAACUUAGUGAAUGGGCUCAUGUUUCAUGUUAUGAUGUUGGCUUGAACUCUGGUUCAAGUGCUGCAUAUAUUCUGGUUUUUGAUAGAAAAUCGAAGAGGCUAGUGGAAGAAAUUAUCGACAGCAAGAUUGUCUUGUCUAUGAGGGCUAUAUAUCAAUCAAAAUUUGGUCUUGCACUUAUUGAUACUGGGGCGAAAGAAAUCUUGCAGAGCAUUUCGGAGAAGCAGGGGAAGCGAAUGAACUCAGUUGAAUCUGCUAAAGAUAUACCAACAUUCAUCGACUUUUUUAAGGACCAAAUUAAUAUGGGCGAAGUUAAGUAUCCUCUAGAAUAUUUCAAGACGUUCAAUGAAUUCUUCACAAGAGAGUUGAAGCCUGGUGCACGACCAAUUGCUUGUAUCGAGCGAGAUGACAUUGCUGUUUGCGCUGCUGAUAGCCGUCUGAUGGCAUUUAAUUCUGUCAGUGAUAGCCUUAGGCUUUGGAUUAAGGGCCGCAAAUUUUCUAUACACGGUCUUCUGGGAAUGGAGACAUGCUCUAGUGCCUGGAAUGAGGGCUCUUUAGUGAUUUUUCGACUUGCGCCACAGGAUUAUCAUCGUUUUCAUGUUCCUGUUUCUGGAACCAUCGAGAGUUUUGUGGAUAUCCCAGGAUGCUUGUAUACGGUGAAUCCAAUUGCCGUGAAUAGUAAAUAUUGUAAUGUCUUCACGGAGAAUAAAAGGGUCGUCUCUAUCAUUUCAACUUCUGAAUUUGGAAAGGUGGCUUUUGUUGCGAUUGGAGCAACAAUGGUCGGAAGCAUCACCUUUUUGAGAAAGGAGGGUGAAUAUGUCCAUAAGGGAGACGAGUUUGGAUACUUUUCUUUUGGAGGAAGCACUGUGAUAUGCAUCUUUGAGAAGGAUGCCAUACAAAUAGACGAAGACCUCCUUGCGAACAGCGAAAGAUCACUCGAAACCCUGGUUUCCGUUGGCAUGCGGUUGGGCGUCUCCAAUAGGGAACACCCCGAAGAAGAUGUGCCAAGGUUGGAGAAAUGUACACUUGCAGAAUGAUUCGCUUGAUUAUGGCCAGAUCAAAAUAGAAUGAGAAUCGCUGUUGUUGUGUACAUUUUCCUAAUGUACCAUAUGUGCUAAAAUCUCAAAUUACUAGUGUGGUAAGUUAUUUAAUCCUUAUAAUUAUUAUCCUUAUAAUUGCGUAUGACACUUCUUGUAUUAGGGCUUACGUGAUCAGUUAUUGUAUCACAAUUUUAUUAGGCGUAGGAUUUGUCUCUCUUUUUUUCUUUUUGUUUUUUUGGGUUUCCUUUUCUUUUCCUUCUGUUGUUGCUGCUUGAUUUGCAUAACCUAUUUGCUGAUUGCUGCAGAGUCGAAUUUUAAUCUCAAGAUGUUCUUUAAA